UUGGCAGUUAGUUCAAGUUUGAUUCGCGGCGUGUCGAGAGUGGAAGUUUUUACCAGAGUAGCGUAGUAUCUGAAUAUCUCGCCUAAGUAGUAUGCUGCGAAACGGUUAUGAUAAUGGAGCUCAUCCCAGUAAUAAGUUCAAUGAAGGCUACGAUAAUGACGAUAUUAAGCCGACAUAUGCCUUGGAUCAUUUGGUCACCUUUAAAUUAAAAAAUGAGGCUGAAGUGAAACAGCCGAAAGAUAAAAUGAAAUUGUUAAUUGAACUAGAUAAGACUGGCGGAAUUUGGCCCCAUAAGAUGUACAUGUGCUUUAAUGGCCAAUGGCUGCUAAUGCUUAAUAAGGACAUGAAGGAAAUCGAAAACUUUCCGGGCAGUCUAAUAACAGAGCCAACAGCCUUUAUAAGUGACGAUCCACUCGAAACAUACAAUAAUAUUUUGAUAUUCUCUGUUCCGGGAAUCUCGCUGGGCAAUACUGAAAUGCACAUAUUUCAGGUCAGUGACGUGAACUCGGUCCAUUUGGUUGAAGAUCUGCGUAAGCUAAGCAGCGGCUCGCCCGUCACUGUGGACCGCAACAAGACACCCAUACGCUUGCCCAAGCCCGACCGUACAGGCAAUCAACAGGCAAAGGAUCAAUACGGCAUUGCAGCUGCCGUAGCAGGAAUUGCCGCUGAGAAGAAUGCUCAGGAUCGCGAGCAAACCGAUCGUGAUGUCCAAGUGCUCAAUCAUUGCUUCGAGGAUGUGGAACGAUUUAUUGCCAGAUUGCACUAUGCAGCUGAGGCAUUGCAUGAGCUAGAGUCUCGCAAAAAUCAGCAUAACCCGCAUGGAGAAGGCCUACUGGUUUUACGAUCGCGCCCUCCAAUCGAGACGGAGUUCUUCGACAUUCUAGCUAAAAUAAAGCUGGCACUUAAUUUCGCAGUCAAAUUGCAGAACCAUUUUAGCAAGAGCGCUGAUCCAAUUCACAAUGUUUUUGUAUCUCUGCAAACUAUUGUGAACGUCUGCAAUGACGUAUACGCCGGUACUCAUUUGCCGGAGAGCGUCGUGAAUCCUCUACUUCGCCGAGAAACAAUUGGUUUUCUGAAUGGCGUACUGGACUCCAAUGAGAAAAAUCUGUGGCUUAGUCUGGGCCCGAAUUGGACAGUCCCAAAAGAUCAAUUCAAGGACCACGUAGGGAAAUACCAUCCUAUAUUCUAUGACGAUUGGUCCCCAGAUUGGGUGGUGGAUGAGCCGGUGCAGUAUCUAGCACCCGCUCUCAAGAAGACCCCAACAUCCUCACCGGUGCCCAUUCCCCUAAGUCCAACAAGCAACCGCACUUGGCUCAGUCGCCUUGAGAGUCGCAACGUUAACAUCGCAGAAGUGGCUUAUAAUAAGACGGCCACCAAUGAUAAGGAACUAAAUGUUGCGAAAGGCGAAUAUUUGGAGGUGAUAGACAGCUCCAAAAACUGGUGGAAGGCGCGCAACUCUUCCGGAAACAUUGGCUACGUACCUCACACCGUCUUGAUUCCUUACAAUUUUGAUCCCGUACUUAUGAGGAAUAUGCGCGAUAAUGAGUCACUGGCCUCUGAGUCUUUGGAGAACGGAGAUCCGGAGAUGAACAAUCCACUUUACCGCAACACAAUGGCACUAUAUGUGCCUAAUGGUGAUCGGGAGUCGCAGCAACCGAUAGGAAAUUCGAAAAAUAUGCCUCGUUCCUACUCUAUGCCCAACGUGCCGAUCCCUCCACCGAUGCCUCCGGCAAGUGAUAGCCAAACACCUACUCCGAGUGGAACCUUGAAACGCAACAUGGCCGCUGCUGGAACCCUUGCAGCGAUGCGCGCUCGCAACGACUGCGAUGCCGACGAUGAGGCCUACCUUAUGCAGAGCGACGUUAACGACGAACUGAAAAUCUUGCUCCAGCAGAGACAGCAACGCAGGGAUCUUGAAAUCCUUAAGACACCCGAGAUAUUUAUUACCCAGAACUCCAAGCCCAAGGAAGUGGAAGAGUGGUUGCGCGGCAAAGGGUUUUCCGAUAAUAUCAUCAAGCGACUGCACACGCUAAGCGGCGAGGAAAUAUUUGCGCUGUCUCCUCACACUAUUGAGAGCUACUUUGGACAGCGCGAGAGCCGUCGACUCAUAUCACAAAUUGUGCUACAGAAAAACUUCUGCGAGUACAAAACAAUUCGAUCCUCCGAGUUGUCAGCGAAGCUGGCGCGUGCCAGGCAAAAGGCUGACCAGUCAAAUAACGAUCUUAAUGAGGUCUUCUAGGCAUUCUUUUGUUACUCAAUGUUUACUUUUACAUUGGAGCAUGAUUUGAACAU